GCCAUCUUUGAAGAAAAGCGAAGUUUUGAAAAGUCGACUAAAUAUAUUCCAUAUAUUGGGGCAGUACACGUACAAGUUAGACAAUGAAAUGACACACAAUAAAUAGGAAUUAAUAUAAACAAGCCUAACAUGGAUGGUUUUUGGGGUGAUUUUGAGAACCCUACAAAAGAGGGUGCUGCCAAGGCCAUGGGCAUGCUCAUGGAGGCCUUUGACAGUCUCUAUCCUCCUCAUAUGGACUCUGAAGAACAUAAGGAACGUUUGGAUAGGAUUCGGCCGUAUUGGUUCUUUUUCACUGAUGAGUUUGAGCACCUUCCCAUCUCAUUAGCUAAGGAUCACAUGAUUUUUCUAAUGGAGGACCUUAAAGAGGAAGGCAACUGGAGUUUUAAGGAAGAGAUGUACAGCCACUCACAUAACUGCUACAGUAAUGCACUGAGACUGGCCAAGACCCUACAGGUUGAUCAUAGCUUUCACGUUGGCCAGGAUAAAGUGGCCUCGUUGUUUUGUAAUCGAGCUGCUGUCUUCAACAAAUUGGGAAGAUUCAGAGAGGCCAUCGAUGAUGCUGACUUGGCUGUCAGUAUAUCUAAUGGCAAGAAUUACAAGGCCUGUUAUCGUCUAGCAAUGGCCUACAGGGAACUAGGGGACACAAGGAAAGCCCUUAAAGCAGCUGAGAGUGGAUAUUCGAUCAAAAAAAGUAAGGAUUUUAAAGCUCUAAUAGUUGAGCUGAAAGAAAAGUUGGAUUCAGAGACCAGCCGUGAGAGAGACAACUCAUUCAAUCCAUUUGGUACUAUUGGGUCGCAGAAACCAAAGAUGCCCUCACAGAUGGGAGCAAAUAACUCUGCGCCUCUCCCCACCUAUAAAAGCAUGCAGAAUGGAACCUCAUAUAAAUCUACCCAGAAUGCACCUGUCGAGCCACCUGGGUAUAUGUCGAUAUCAAAACGUAAGCCAGAUUUAACGUAUCGAGAUUCUGAUAGUGAUGGGGCUUUUCCUAUGCUUGACCAGACCUCAGAUGAAGAUGUUCGACCUAAAGCCAAUGUAAAGAAAAAUAAAGUCAAUGGGAAUAGUCAACCAAAGGUUACUUAUCGAAGCACACAGAAUUCCAACGCCAAUAAUAUCACCACAGAGGAGCAUACUGGUCCUCAAGAUCACCUAAAUAGCACAAAGAAAAAGAAAAAGAAGAAGAA